AUGGAUGCGAAACAUUUAUGGCAGAGCAAGUAUAGGUUUCCAACAGCAAUAGGUGUAGUUGACUGUACCCACAUUGGAAUACUGAAACCAAAGCGUCAUGGUGAUGAGUAUGUCAACCGAAAGGGCCAUCCAACACUCAAUGUGCAAGCCACUUGUGAUGCAAGAGAAAUGUUCACUAGUGUGGACGUCAGUUGGCCUGGAUCGGUUCAUGAUUCAAGAAUAUGGAGAAAUUCACAAAUAAGGGUUCAUUUACAAAAUAAAAAAAAUGUAGUGCUACUUGCAGAUGAAGGAUAUGGUAUAGAGCCGUGGCUCAUGACUCCCUUCAGAAAUCCCUACUCAGGCCCUGAACUGAAUUAUAAUAAACUUUUGAAGAAAGAAAGAGUUAUAAUCGAACGUUGUUUCGGUCAACUGAAACGUCGAUUUCCUAUUUUGCAAUAUGUUUGCCGAGUGAAAUUGGAAAAUGUUCCAAAAAUAAUUGUUGCCUGUUUUGUGCUUCAUAACGUAGCAAAAACUUUGAAAGACAUCGAUUUGGAAGUAACUGAAGAAGUGAUAGAAGAAGAUGACAAUGAUAAUGGCGAAAUUGAUGUACCUCUUCAACAGCAAGGACGAGAGAUCAGAAGAAAUUUGAGCAUUGUAAUCAACAACUUUUGUAAUUGA